AAAUCUAAUAAUAGUUUUGUGAAAUAAUAUUUUUACGUAUACCAAGUAAUCAGUGGUUAUAUUUGUAGCUCAUAGAAAAUUUAGGAGCAGAAGCAUUCAUCAACCUAUUCUACAGGUGGAAUACGUUUUCUGGAUAAUUGUUAAUAAAGAAAGGUGCUAACAUUUCUCUAAAAAUGACCGUUUUCCACUUAUAAGCGGCUCAACGUCUGAAAACCCUAAAAGUGACCAUCCUUAUUUUUUGACGUGUCUAAAUUGAAGUUCAAACUUUGCCCUACAAGACCCAGAUGAACGUGAUUAUGAAAAAAAUGGCGUAAAGUAGAUUGACUCAAGACUUUCUACACAACGCUGUCUUCAGUUCAUGAAAAAUCAUUUCAGCACAAGUUAGACCCCCUGAGAAAAAAAUAACAUCAAUUGUGGCAGAAAGAUGACAGAUGAGUACGAGUUUACGCUAGGGGAAGAAACCAGAUUAUAUGCUGAAGAAGCUCUGAAUGAAACUGUUGAGAGUAGAACAGCUGGACUUGAAGAGAUUGGAAGAUGGUUGAAAGAGGAAAGACCAGACCUAAAUGCAAAAACAGAAACGAAGUAUUUGUUACCAUUCCUAAGAGGUUGCAAGUUCAAUCUAGAGAAGACGAAACAAAAAAUAAUAAACUACUAUACAAUGAGGAGAGAUGAACCCAUUUGGUUUAAAAACAGGAAUCCUCUAUUACCAGAGGUAGAAGAAUUAGUUAGACUUGGAAUAUUUCUCCCGUUAAGGCAGACAAGUGACGGGAGAUUGGUAAUCAUAAUACGUACGGCAGCCCACAAUCCCAGCAUUCACAGUCAAGAGGACAUUUUCAAAGUCGGCAAGAUGAUCCUGGACAUUGCUGUGAUGGAAAGCGAAUCUUGCCAGAUCUACGGUGGUCUUGCCAUCUUUGACAUGUCCGGCGUAACAAUAUGGCAUGCAAAACAGAUGACUAUCAAUAUCAUUCGCAGAGCUGUGUUUGCUUGGCAGAAUUACACGAUCAGACCCAAGCGACUAGACUUUAUCAACGCUCCAAUAUAUAUAAACUUAGUGUUAAGCAUCUUCAAAAGUUUUAUGACACAGAAAAUGAAGAGUAGAGUAAGAGUUAUCUAUGGUGGGGCAAAAUCUCUUUAUAAGGAAAUCGAUAGAGAUAUUUUACCCUCGGAUUAUGGAGGAAAAGGUGAGAGUGUGAAGGAACUGAGCAAAUAUUGGUACGAGAAGUUGGUUCAGUAUCAAGAUUGGUUUGCUGAGGAUGAGAAGUAUGCUGCAAAAUAACGUGAUCUGGAUAAUGUGAAAAGAUAUAUUAAAAUUAUGUAGUGAGUGUGGAGGUUUUUUUAUAACUGUAAUUAUUUAGUAGAAUAAUAAAACAACCGAUUUAUAAGCUUUAGAUUAUACUUUUCCCGACUUGAG